AUGGCGGCGAGCGGUGUGGAGGAUGAGAGGGUGGGCGGGGAGGUCAGAGGGGAGAAAGACGACGACGAUGUGCCUCAGCUGAGCGCUGCAGCGAUGGAGGCGCUCCGGGAGUUCCUGGCGGAACAGCAGCAGCCGGAGGAGCAGGAUGAAACUGGAGGAGGGGAUGGCGGGGUAGAGCUGGUCCAGGAGGACUGGCUGCUGAGCCAGUUCUGGUACGACGAGCGCACCGCGCGGGCGCUGGUGGAGGAGGUCAUCCGCCUUGUCUCCACUUCUGGCUCAGGCUCAGCCGCCAGCGCCGUGGCUUGCAUCGCGUGCCCGACGCUCUACGCCUACCUGAAGAAGACCGACCCGGGAGUGCCCGCGCAGCUGCUGGAGUACGACGAGCGGUUCGGGCAGUACGGCGGCGACUUCACCUUCUACGACUACAACCGACCGGAGGAGCUGCCGCCGGCGAUGAAGCACGCCUACCGCGUCGUCGUUGCCGACCCUCCCUAUCUGAGUAAGGAAUGCUUGGAAAAGGUUGCCAAGACAGUGUCUUUCCUCGCACAGCCUGAAGGUUCAUUCCUGCUGCUGCUCACAGGUAAUUGGGGCUCAUGGCAAUGCUCUAUCAAGUGA